AAAACCCUAAACAGAAUUUAGCGCUGUUUCUUCCAUAGAAAACAAGAACAAAAAUGGGGAAGAAGAGAAAGCACAGCGAGACUGAAGCGGCGGCACCGGUUAAGGACGACGAUGCUCCGGAGAGACCUAAAAGGACUCUAUUGGGUUGGAAAGACAAGGAGGAAGAUGCUGAGAAAUCCAAACCAACGUCUUCUUCCUCCCCUGGAUUCAGGAAUAAAGAGAAGGUUCUCGUUACUUGUUCCCGAAGGAUCAGUUUCAGGUAUCGGCAUCUGAUGUUGAAUAUGGUGUCACUUCUGCCUCACUGUAAGAAGGAUAGUAAGGUGGAAGCUAAGAGCAGUAAAGGCGCGACUCUUAAUGAGCUGGUUGAGCUUAAGGGCUCUUCUUCCUGCUUGUUUUUCGAGUGUAGAAAGCAUAAAGAUCUUUACUUGUGGAUGGUCAAGUCCCCUGGUGGACCUUCUGUUAAGUUCUUGGUUAACGCUGUUCACACUAUGGAGGAGCUGAAACUCACUGGGAAUCAUCUGAAAGGGUCACGCCCUCUCUUGACAUUCUCAUCCAGUUUUGAUAAAGAUGUUCACUGGAAACUUUUGAAGGAGAUGUUAACACAGGUUUUUGGAAUCCCCAAGGAACACAGGAAGUCUAAACCUUACCAUGACCAUGUGUUUGUUUUCUCCAUUGUCGAUGACCAUAUAUGGUUCCGUAAUUACCAGAUAUCGGUACCUCAUAACGAGUCAGACAAGAUUGCAAGAGGUGGUCUGGAUAAAAUGACCCUUGUCGAGGUUGGUCCAAGGUUUUGUUUAAAUCCGAUUAAGAUUUUUGGAGGCAGCUUUGGAGGUCCAACCCUUUACGAGAACCCAUUCUACGUAUCUCCAAACCAGAUUCGUGCGUUGGAGAAAAGAAAUAAAGCUGGGAAAUUUGCUAAGAAAAUCAAAGCAAAAACGAGGAGAAAGAUGCAUGAGCUUUCAAACCCAUUGGAGCCUGAUGAGUUUGCAGACAUGUGGAAGGAUGAAUGAUAAAAUCCGAUCAAGUUUUUGUUGUUGUUGUAGAACUUCCAAAUUCACAGAAUCAACACACUUUUGUCUUUACUGUUCUAGACUCUUUAUCGUAUCAAUCAAAGAUGAGAUUUUUUU